AUGUCAAACAAAUCAGACAUUGAUAAUGUUAGUGACUCUUUGUUUUUUCUUCGAAAUAUUACAAAUAGGGCAUUAGGUUCACCAACUUCAACUACCAACUCUGGAGAAUUUGCUUUGUCUUUACAAAGCAAUGAUAGUCAUGAUAAACAGACAAAUUUACAAGCAAUCGUUAGUAGAUUAAGAAAGCUAAUUGAAGUAAUAUCGGCUUUAGUAAAAGAUAUCCACGAGAAACUUUAUAAAGAAUUAUUAGACGCAAGAAGUAUACUUGAUUCGUUAAAUGAAAUACAGAGAAAUGUUGAAAAAUUUUCAAAUUUACAACAGACGGCGCAAUAUUUUGAAUUGGCCGAUGAAAUUGACGAACUUGGCGUCGGGAUAUGGAAUACUUCUAUCGCUUUGAAAACUAGUGGUGUUGCUCGUGGGCCAGAUAGUAACGACGAGAUGAUAGUCUUAUUUCGGCAGGUUGGAUUUGUAAUGAUUCAAGCUGGUGCUGGUGCGAGUGUAAAUACUGAAAUAAAAUCUGCUAUAAAAUUGCUUUCAUUAGCUAAUAAAGUUGGUAAAGGCUGGCUAGAUUGCGGAAGAAGUGAUAAAGCCGAUGAAAUUCUGCGCUCUGCAAAUACGCUAGAAGAUACAGUAUUAUCUUGGCAAGAGAAAUCGGCAAAGGAACAGCAAUCAAGAUCAACCGCUUUGGUUGUAUAUUACGCAUAUCGUGCAGAGGCGGCUUGGAAAUUGACAAAUAGUCAUGUCGCAAACCUAAUGAUUCAACAUGCUACCGAGAAAGAAUACUUAGACCAUGUUACAAUAAAAGAGAUUGAUAUUUUGUGUCAAGUAUGUUUCACGAUUGGACAUCAAGCUUCGCGCGAGGGAAAAGUAAACGAGGCGAUAAAAUGGCUGAGAAAAUGUCAUGAAUUGAUUUCUGAUAGGAUAUCACAAAUAAACCCUGAAAGAAUUAAGAUACUUACAAGUACACUUAAUAUCUUAGCGACAUGUUAUUUGAAGAUUUCGGUACAUGAUGAAUCUAAUUUGGAUCUUGCGGAAAAUGCAGUAAAUAUAUGUUUGGAGGAGGACCCUGGUAAUGUUUUAGCGACUUCAUUAAAAUUGAAAAUUAUGAAGCAAAGGAAUUUUGAUCCUGUACUAUUUGAGGAAGGCAUGGAUAUUCUCAUAGAAGAAAAACUUUCUGAUAUUCGUAAGAUAGAAUUUAUAGAAAAGGCCAUUGUCGCAAAGUUUCAUAUAUUGGGGAAUAGUGAAUCAGAAAAUCUAGACCUUAAUGAUGCUAUAAGAAACAUUGAUGUGACACUUGGAUUCGAGCAACGGCAUGGCAUUAUCAUUGGACAUAAGACAAAAGCUGCUUGUCAGUUGAUACUUUGGCAAAAGGGUGAUCAAAAUUAUGCAAAUCAACGAUAUGAUCGGGCAAAGAAGUGGUAUGAGAUCGCAUAUAAAUCAUUGGCAGCUAAUCAAGCGGAUGGUCGUAAUGCUGCAAUAUUACAAAGAAAAAUUGCUCUGUGCCAUCUUGAAGACCAUGCAUUAGCCGAUGCAACUGAAGCUAUCCGGCAGGCCCAAUUGCAUGAACAUAAUUCUGCCGCAAAUUUUUAUAUAUUGUUUCAUAUCGCAAUGGAAAAGCGACAAAUUGUCCAAGCCAUUCAACAUUUGCAUGAAAUGUGUAAAGGGGAUGAAUUUCACGGAAAUAUGCUCACAAUGGCUGCUCAUGAGGCUUAUCAGAAAGGACAUAAGGCAGUCCUUAUCGAAGCUUUGAAGGAAAUUCUGGAUAAACAUGAAAUGGGUGAAGACAUUGCUAACGUGGAUAUAUUUGUUUUACUUAGAUGCUUAAUACGAAUGACGUAUAACACAUUGUCUGGUGAUGAAAUGGAAAGGGCUUCGCUUAAAGAUUGUAUAUGUGGAUAUUUUGAAAUUGCUUUAAAUCUUCUUAAAUCAACUGAUAACAACCAAGACAAGAUAGAUGACUCUAUACAACAAAAAAGAGCGCUAUUAAAAGACUUGGAAUGGUUUUUCAAAACAGCAUGGAAUAUGGGCUUAGAGUUUUGUCAACAUGCAAAAGAAGAUAGUGAUGUGUUUUCCAUUCAAUUAUUUGAUAUCGCUUAUAAGUUUCUAAAUGAAUAUCCCGAAGAAACACUAGAACACAUUAAUCGUAAGAGACUAUGCAUUUUCACUUCCCUGUGUGGUAAACUAUUUCUUUCUCGGCAGCAAAAUUCGAUAGCCCAAAAGAGAGAUCUGUUACACCAAACACUUGCAAGCGUUGACCAAUAUAAAAAGUUAAAAAAGACAUUGGGUAAAAGAAAGCGAUCUACGCUGGAUGAUAUUCAGGAAAAUAAAUCCACGGCACAAAGCGAUAUGAUCUUAAUAAUUUUAUUCGAAUUUGAAGCUAAAAUAAAACUGGGGUUAUGGAAUGAAUUGCUAACAGCUGCUGAAGCGUAUGAUUUUGAAGUACCUUCAAGAAUAUUCGAACGUAUGGCAGAGUUAUUGAUUAGUGAGAAUGAAUGUCCGAGUACAGUAAUAUCUUCUACACUACAGGUUCUGUUGAAUUCCAUAACUAAACGGAAACAAGUUGAUAUUGAACAAUUUUCGAGAUGGUUCCGAAUGUUGAUUAUAACUUCUAUGGUAAAAGAUAAACAGGCAUCUGCACAAUAUUUCGACCAAGCUUUAGACAUAUUAAAUCAGGAAUGUUCAAAAAAAAAGUAUCCUGAGGAAGAAAUUCAAUGGUUGAUGGUAAACGCGUGGAAUUAUGGUAUUGAUUAUUACUCUGUUAACGAUUUCAUAAAUGCGAAGAAGUGGUGUGAAACUGCAAUAGCAUUUUGUCGGUUCAUGGAAAAUGGCUUAUUAUAUGAAGAAGAAUUACCAUUUAGCACUGGAAAUAAUCCCAAAGUUCUAAAACUUUCAUUUUCAAAAUUGAUUAGUAUUCAAGGAUACUUUGUACAGAAGCGGAUACAAUAUAUAUAUGGGGAAUGA